AUGGCGAUGGAACAGACCCCCAUAGACGGACCCUGGUCAGACCCAGCGGCGAUACCAACGCAAAAAGACUAUAUUCUCCAGACCUCACCUACCUUGGAAGCCGAAUACGUAAUCAACCACGCCAUUAGAGAAAAAUCUUAUGCACAAAUGGCUUCCGUGCUUAAAGAGAACCCCGAAGCACUCCGACUUCAUCACUUCACUUUGGCGGCAAAAUUAUCUCCAGCAACUGGCAUUUCCGAGCUCGUCAGAAAUAUUGUCCAAGAGUCGAUUAAAUAUCAAGGCGGCAAUAAUCAAGGAUUAACCGACGAGUUGAACGUUAUGCAGCUCAUUGCUGAAGAAUGGACGACGUGGGGAGGUGUCGACCAAGACGGAAAGAAUGUUCUGAACCUGACGAUCGAGAACGGCGACGAGGAAGCAACCGUAAUGUUUCUCCUGAUUCCCGACAUCAAUAUCGGCGAUUUCAAAGGGGAGGAUCCUUCUCUGCUCAUAAUGGCCAUAAAAAACCAAAGGCUCAAAGUCGUCCAAAGGCUUCUCCAACUCGAUGCGAACCCUUCAGCCAGGGAGGUAGACAACCCAAGGUUCACGCCCCUGAUGUAUGCGUGUCUCACAGGAAACUUGGAUCUCGUUAGGCUGCUUCUAGACGGAGGAGCUAGCUUUAUCGAAGAACUUGAUUGUUUUGAGCGUUACGACGAUCAAGGAACACUGAGUUAUGCUGUAAAGGGGGGAAAUGAUGAGAUUGUUCUGGAGCUGCUGAAACGGCCAAGUUUCCGAAGCAAGUUGGCGUCAGCCAACUUUAUAUGGUACCACAUCGCCAAGGAAGUGGCAUCUGGUAAAUUAAAGAAGGAAACUAUGGAAACGCUUCUCGAAAGCGUCAGGGAUGUAAACGAGGACCUGUGCGGAAAGGAGCACUGGUGGGCCACCUGGCUGGAAUUCGCUGCCCGGUUUAACAACGUGGAUCUGACCAACAUCCUGCUGCGUAAGGGAGCUGAUGUCAACAAAUAUUCGAGAUAUUCUUGUAAAAGGGUCCCGUUGACUUGGGCUGCCGAGAGCCGUCGGGGUCAGGAUGUGUUCCGUAUUCUAUUAGACGAAGAUGCGAACAUCGAUACGGGAGAUGCCGAAACUCUGGCCGCGGUGGCUGACAGAGCGGUAGAGCUCGAAUAUGCCAAGAUUGUAGGCUCUGCGAAACUCGACAGUCUGGUCAACACUUCCACAGAGAGGCCGAUUAUACGGGAGGACCACUCGGCUUCUCGUAGCUUAUGUGGGUGGCUCAAAGCUGGCAUCCGAAGCGUUAUCUCGUCCGUAUCGGAAAGCCAGCCGGAGGUCCGGAGUGGUCAUUUGGCAGAACAGCCUCCACGGGAAUUGCUUCUCCGAAAAGUCGAUGUCCUUGUUCAGAGGAGGGAUCGGGACAGACCUCCACUUGAGGCCUUCGUUAAAAAUGCGCUUACCGCGGACUGGCUGUCAAAAAGGGGCUACUACCAAAACCAGGCAGUGAAAGAUGAAGCGCUAGUUAACGCCUGUCAGACAGGAAACUAUCCUCUUGUCAGGAUGCUGGUUGGACUCCGGGCCAAUGUUAGGGAGACGUACGCCUACAACAAGUCAUGCCUGGACCAUACCAAAAGGUCUGACAUUGGGAGAUUUCUCAUGAGCAGUGGUGCUGGCUGGACUGGCUGGAGCCUCAAUCAUGCCGUGGAUAACCUGCUAGGUGGAGAUUUGGAACUAUUGCGAGAAUUGCUUUGCGGGAAGCACGGGGAGAAGAAAUUUCGGCCCAAGUCGAACAGUCGGGAUAUGUGUCAGGUGUUUCACGGCCUUUCAUACGGUAUACGGUGUCGACGGGAGGACGUGAUUCGAUUCUUUUUGGAUCUCCUGCAUAGCGGCGGCACAACGCAUAUGAAGGAUGAACGGUAUCAACGUUGGCAAUCAUAUCUCCAGAGGACAUUGCUGUACGAUUUGGAUGAGUAUUAUAACGUAAAGAUCCUGAAAAUGCUACUCAAGGAUAGGAGAUUUGUGGAGGUUAUGGGGAACGUGCCUCUGGCUUGGUGUGUGUUUGCGAAUGGAGAUAUGGAGUUUGCAAAGGAGCUAUACAACCAAAGUCGAAGUCCUCACAGUCUUAUAUCUCACCCUCACGAUGAUGUAACGCCGCUUCAAGCAGCUGUUGCUAGGGGGCACACAGAGAUGGUUGAGUGGCUACUUGAGUGUGGUGUUGAGGUUGCAGGUUCUUCACAACUGACUGUCUCAAGGCGGUUGAAGAAGCCGCCUUCCAUGAACAAUGUGCAGCAGAUUCAGACACGCAUGAAAGAUACUACGGGAAAGCCUGAAGGUUUGUCCCAGGGCACUUCUGAAGAAAUGUUUAAAAACACUGCUGAGGAAACCUCUGUGGAAAUCCCUCUCGAAGGCAUGCUAGAAGCAGCUGUCAAAAGCAACCUCAAACCCGAACUCAUUCAACUGUUGAUCAAUCACGGCGCAAAGAUCCCAGUCGACACUGCCAGCAUGUCGAUUGACGAGUUCAUCUUCACCAAAGCCGUCUUGUACGACAACAUGGGAGUUGCUCGGCAUAUCUUGGAAACCUACAAAGGCAUUCCACCUAUUAGCCUACCUGAAGACAUACCUCCUCUACACUACGCAUGUAAGGAGAAUUAUGCCCGGAUGGCUGCCUUGCUGCUCGAACAUGGGGCGGAUAUAAAUGAACAGUAUUGCGAGAAGCCACCUCUUCGCUUCGCAAUUAGCCAAAAAAAUACUGCCAUAGCUACCAUUCUUCUCAAUCAUGGAGCCGAUAAAAACGGAACAAACUGCACGCCACCACUACACGACGCGAUUAGCAUGAACGAUGACUACAUGGUCGCUCUGCUCCUCGACUACGGCGCCGAUAUCAACCAACCGCAUGGCUUGCCACCUCUGCACUACGCAAUCAAAAAGGGAUUGUCUAUUAUUACCAAUCUACUGCUUAAACGAGGGGCUAUCGUGAGCCAACAGAAUGGCAUGUCACCUCUGCACUAUGCAGUCGAGAAUCAUGAGCUUUGGACGGCUGAGUGUCUCCUUGACCAUGGCGCCGAUGUAAACGCGCUGUAUGGCGAAGGGAAACGUACACCGCUGCAUGUAGCUGCUCGCAAAGCAGCAGAACUGACGCUCCCGUGGACUUAUGAGAACAUGGUAACUUUACUGCUUGAUUGUGGCGCGGAUCCCAACAUUAAGGACAAGAAUGGUCGUCGAGCACUGGAUUACUUUGAGCCUGGAAAGCGGGAAAAGAAUGAUAUUGCGAAGCUUAUAAUGAAAAGAAUGGGGUUGAAGGAAGCUGCUGAACAUGGGACAGCUGAUAUGGAGGAGUUCGACGUGGACAUGACUGUAGAGGACUGA